GCAAGUAUUCGCUCUCAUGGCGACUUUGGCACUUAGACCUGAUAGUAAACGCUUUAAUGGACUUCUGAUAACCGGAUGUACCCAGUUGUACCGCUAUUAUAAUAUUACAAUAACAGCAACAAAAACAUUUUAAUAAUUUUGUGUAAACAGUAUCUUGUAACAUUUGCUAAUCGGACAACGAUUAUUGUACAAAAAGUAUUAAAGUUCACGCGCUUGACUUGGCGAGACUUUGAUUUUUUUUUAUUUUCGGUUAAAACUUAAAUAAAAAAAGAAAUGAUUGCAAUGAACGUGAAAUCAUUUACAUUUGUUAUAUUAGUGUUAGGAUAUGUAAUAGAUUCGGAAGGUUUAAGUCGUCCAUCAACCAUGACUUUAGAAAACAAUGAAUACAAGAACGUUGUCAUAGCGAUACAUGAGAGCAUUCCUGAAGACAAGACUUUGAUCGACACGUUAAAGGACACCAUGACGAAGGCAUCCAAAUAUCUGUACACGGCCACGAGGGAACGUGCAUUUUUUAAGGAAAUAAAAAUUUUACUUCCCGCAACAUGGUCGAGGGACCCAAGGUACGUUACUGCUACGUCAGAAAAUUUAGCAUUUGCUGACGUCAUAAUUACAGAUCCAAUCAGAGGAAAGCGAAGUUUGCCACAGGCAAGAUCGUAUGACGGUUGUGGAAAACAAGGGGUCCAUGUACUGCUCAGCAAAGAAUUUCUGACAAUUCCUCGUGCAGAGCCUUAUUUCAACGACCCGGCAAAGUAUUUUAUCCACGCUUUUGCCCAAUUCCGCUGGGGUGUGUUUCAAGAAUACCCAGAAGAAGGUGAAAGCGAGUUUUAUAUAUCAGUGACAAAUGGGCGACCAGAGGCAAUCAGAUGUACCAUACAGCUUAGAGGACUGGUACAGAAAAAUGAUUCCGCCCACACUAUAUGUUACUUACCAUCUCAGGCACAGAACGCUCAUGUGGUGGCAUCCGUCGACAACGUGACAGGCUUGUAUGAACGCGAGUGUCUUUGGAGACCGUAUCCUACCAGACAGAGAACAAAAGCGUCUAUAAUGGAUCACCAAUACAUCACAAAUAUCGAAACAUUUUGCGACGACAACCAUACUGACUAUAUGACAGUGCACAAUUUUGAAGCUCCGAGUAAACACAACAGACUGUGUGGACACAGAAGCACGUGGGAUAUUAUUACACAAACAGAUGAUUUUAGAAAUGGAAGAAAUCCUCCUCAUGGUCGUCUAGACGCUCAACUAGAACCGACUUUUAUUGUAAUGAGAGCGCCUGGAAGAAAACGCAGGGCAGCCAUUUUGAUAGACCCUUCUUUGACGAAGCAGACUGACAUUCAUCUAACCAUCGGCCAUCUUAAGCAGGAAUCAUCCAUCCAUGAUAUAGAGAUAGUUCUAGUAAAACAUGUGGACGGCAGGAUAUCUCACCAGCAACUUCAAUCUGUUGAAAAUAUUGAAUCAUAUCUGAAACACCAUUCACCUACAUACAAAGUCAGUUUGACUGACCAAAUUACACAGACUGUACAGAUGAUGGAAGAAGAGGCAAAAGGAAAUGAUACACACUUUAUACUUGUCACGGACAAGGAAUCAUCUGAACUGAAGAAAAUGCUGACCGAGUCAAAACAGAACGGUUUAAAAUUCUCGGCAAUAUUAAACACCCAUAACCCCUUUGCUGGUAACCUAGACAAUCUUCAUACUGUAGGAAAGGAAGUUGGGCACACACUUUUGGACAGGUUAAGAAAUAUCAUCCUUGAAGAAACACCAAGAAAAAUAGUUAUUACCACGGAUUCAAUACAUCUGUCCAACAUGGUACCGGUUUCAAACUCUGUAUUGAUUGAUCAAACAUUGGUGAAUCACGUGACAUUCAUAUUUCACUAUGACGUAGAUCAGCCGAACAUAGAUCUCAGAUCACCGUCUGCUGUUAUUUACGGUGUGGAGGAUGACGUAUGUACUGUAGAUUAUGAUCUAAGAGUGAUUAGAUUCCAUCUGGAAUUCACAGAGGUAGGUACAUGGACAUAUACGGUGAUGCAAACAUCCCGGAGUUCUCAGAAUGUGCGUGUUACAGUAAUAUCAGAAGAAGAAAACAUAAAAAUAGAUCCAAUUGUGUUGAAACAUUCAGUAAAAACUGACAAAGAAUACGAGAACGUUAUUUUACUACAUGUUGAUGCAAUGCAAGGUUCGAGUCCAUUAACAGGUUUAACAGUUGUGGCCAAAAUAGAGACACCGGAGAUGAAAGUAGAACAUGUCACUUUACUGGACAAUGGAGCAGGAGUCGACAUUUCUAAGAAUGAUGGAAUAUAUUCACGUACAUUUAUUGCUCCAAGGAUCAAUGGAUCAUAUCACGUGACUUACAUGGUUACAAGUAACUCUACAGGAGACACACAGAAAGAAAAAGGUUACACAAAGAAGGAUAACACUCAUAGUCUAAUUGAGAGCAAUUUUCAGCGCCAAAUACCAGCUGGUACAGUACACAUCAGUCGUAUACGGAUAAACGAUAUGCAUGCCAAAGAUCGUGACGUCAUACCUCCUUCCAGGAUGACCGACUUGGAAGCAGUGACGUUUAUUCCAUAUAGGAACAGUAUUGUACUAAAAUGGACAACACCUGGUGAUGACUUUGAUCAUGGAAAACCUUCCGGCUACCACCUUUAUAUAGGAUAUGACAUCAAUAACGUACGCUCGUUCCUAAAAUAUAUUUCUUCCGGAAGUUAUGAUGGCACCGGACAUGUUGCAAAUGAGACGAUUGCUGCGAAAUCAAGCGCCACAGAGACUGAGAUCUUUUUGUGGAACGUCAAGAUGUUUGCUCGGACAUAUGUGUUCGCUGUGCGAGCGUUCGAUGACAGUGGUAACAUCGGGGAUAUUUCAAAUGUUGUUACCACGACAACUUCUUUAAGACCAUAGCGGUUUCGUGACUUCCUGUAAAAAAAGUUAUUUUUAGAUUUGUGUAUCUAUCACUUUUAGUAUGACCUCAUUGUUUUGAAUAUUAUUUCAUGUCUCAGGUUGGCGUUUCUAUGCUGUUAUUUUGAUUGAUAUUAUAAUUAAUUGCUCAGGUACAUGAAGUU